ACUAAAUUUCAUUAUUUUAAUUUAAAAGACUUACAGCGAAAAAGACACUCUAAACAAAAUGAGAGGAAACAGAAAUAUGCAAGAAGACAAGAGAUUUUCUAAUUUUAGCGAAAGGCAAAUAUUUCCGCGUCAGUGGUUAUAUAAGACUUCACCUACAAAGCAACUCUUAGGCGCACUUAUAUCAACUGAGGUCAGUUCCGUCAUGAUAUCCAAAACCCAUUUUCGGUUGUAUGAGUGAUAAAGAGAGCCGUUUUGACUUUUUUGAGCUUCUUUCACGUUGUGUUCGCUGUUAGCCACAAGACAGGGAGGCGCAGGUACCUAAGAUGGCCGAUGAUCUUGCAGCAAGAAGCUUGGGACUGGUAGGCCUCGAAGGAUCCUCUUUGGUCCUUUUAAACCUUUUCUCACUGGCAGGAAAUAUCAUGGUAUGCUUAUCUGUUUACAGAAAUCCAAGAUUACGUACCCAAACUAAUCUUUAUAUCAUAGCAUUGGCCGUAAGCGACUUGCUCUCCGCUGUUUUUGUGAUGCCUAUCGGUGAAAUAAUACUGUUCACAGGAAAAAGGCCGUUUGGAGAAGCUAUUUGCCAAAUUCACGCCUUCAUGAGUCUAUUUGUGCUCUACGUCUCGCCGGCAACUAUGGCUUUAACAGCGGUCAACCGAUAUGUUCGCAUAUGCAGAUCAAACACAAGCUACCAGAAAAUAUUUUCGCGCAAAAAGUCUCGUUUAUGGGUCCUCUUGGUCUGGUUAUUUGUGGCUAAUUACAUCGCAAUUCCAAAACUGGCCAAAUGGCAAGACUUUGAGUUUGUACCUGGUUAUGCGCAAUGCUCGAUCAAACACCUUGGGGAAGAAGCCAAGAUUAUCCACUACAUAAUAGUUUUAACACUAUUUCUUGUCAUGCCACUGGUUGUCACUACUAUUUGUUACACGAAAGUUCUAAAAGCUGUUCGUCAACAUCUGACAGGGAUUUCUCCCUCGUUAAGAGGACAUAGAAGGAACGACGCACGCAUUUCCAUUCAAGAAAUCCGACUGAGCAGAUUGCUCUUCAUUGUUGUUUUUACCUUUGUGGCGUGCUGGAUUCCUUUGUGGGUUAUCGUCAUAAUGAGACGUUUCUCGUUAGUAUCACACAUGCCAAGAAGUGUGGAACUGUUGUGCAUGUUUUUCCUCUACAUUUCAAACACUAUCAAUCCCGUCAUAUAUGCCGGAAUGAAUUCUACAUUCAGGAGCGAGUUUCGCCGUAUCUUAUCUUGUGGGUCAGAAGCUUUGUGGGCAUGUAGACAGCGACGAAAUGGACUACAAGAACGUGAACUUGGUCCUGUGACGCCGAAGUAAAAGGGUCUGUUCCAAAAUAUUGGUUCGACAACUGAAACACCUUGGGAGAAUUUUUUUCUUCCAUAACAAUGAAAACAAAAAUUUAACAAUCCCUACCCGCAAAAUAGCGAAGCUAAUCGAGGCAGGAGGGAAAUAAACAUUAAAAACUCUUUAACGACAAGUUUGAAUGAACCAUUGAGCUGGCGAUAAAUUCACACCAUUACCUAACUCAAACCACAAAUGUCAUUAACGUGAAAGAUUUGUUUGUCUAUCGUGGAUAUGAUGAUAAAUGAUUAUUGAAUAGUUUGUCGCGUGAUUUAGAGUCACUAUCUAUUACAGGUCACUACUUUUCGACAACUAAACUAUUAGUCUUCACCGGUCAGCCUACACUGGCUUCUAGGCUUCGCUAACUCCUUCUCUGUGAUCCUUCCAUGCUAACGUAAGUUUGGGAAAUCUCUUAUCUCGCAGUUAAAAUGCUUUCCGACAGUUUUAAUGGCAAUGCUGAAACGUUGACGACAGUCGAAACAAAGAAAACAUGAAAAAUUUCGCGAAUUUGUUUUCAUUUUUGCGGCGUCGGAAAGAAGGAACGGGAUCAAUAUCCAGCCAACUUGACCUCACGCUGAGUCAAUUACGCAUUUAUUUUCACAUACCUUCUCUUCAUACAAGUGUGUACAUGCUCAUAAUGACGCAGAUAUCCCUUCACAUUUGUAGGAUUUACUAUGGACACUUCGGUUGCCAAUACUACUUCACUCACAUUUUCAUUCCUUUAACUGAGUCACUUCGGAAUGUUUUGACUAUCUCCAAAAGAACAGUGAACCAGUGUCUAUUAGGCCUGUAGUGCCAUGAAAUGCUCUUCGUAUUCAAGACAGUUUGAUUCAAAGGUAUGCAUGUGCUGGCAGUGUUUCAGUAAUAUUUGACGAGCAAAUUGUUUAGUGCAAGAUUGAGGUAAAACAGAACAGCACACAAACUAUUGAAUUGAAUACACUUUGGACGUGGGAGUUUUUUUUUUUUUUUAAACAAAAUCGCUUGGGCAAUGCAUACGUGGAGCCUUUAGAAAGGAAAUUUAAAACGUACUUAAACAUUAGACCAUAUUUAACUGGCCGGCAAUAUCACCCCUUAGCUACUAUAUUUUCAUGUCCUCAUCCCCUGCUCGAUGAAUUAUUUGUGUUGAUAUUGUUAAAAAAAAGUUUCAAGUUAAUCAUAUAAUCAGUUUAGGUAUGCUACGAGCACUCGAUGCUUUUCGUCGAAGUCCGCCCGGUAUACUUUUCGGGCGCCUCAAUCCCAGAGUUCUACGCGGCACGCUAACAUCAUAUUUUUUCACCGAUUUUUUUUUUUUUUUUUUUU